AUAUACUUAUUGGCGUUGAGUGGAUAUUGCAAUAUCUACGCUCAACGGUGUUAGUUCACCAGAGAUCAGGGUAUUAUGAAAGUCUGUUGAACAGACCGCUUGUGAUGUUUGUAUCCGGUGCAUCUAGAUAAAACGAACCGAGCAACGUGAGCGGUAACAAAAUGGUCAAGUUUCUGGGACAGUCCGAAGCAACUAAGAUAGAUGUAGAUCUAAUAGAGAAAUACAAAUUCAGCUUAGAUCAGCUCAUGGAAUUAGCUGGUCAAAGUUGUGCGAUUGCAAUUGCCAAAUGUUAUCCCCUGCGAUCAGAUAUCCAAAAUCUAGUCCUCGUGUGUUGUGGGCCAGGUAAUAACGGCGGAGAUGGUUUAGUCUGUAGCAGACAUCUGAAACUGUUUGGCUACGAGCCUCAAGUAUAUUAUCCAAAGAGACCCAACAACAAACUCUAUCAAAAUUUGAUGCAUCAAUGCAUGGAAAAUGGCGUACAAUUAUUGGCUGAGAUUUCAGACUUCAAACCCCUCAACGAGUAUAUCGUCAUUGUCGAUGCUCUGUUUGGAUUCAGUUUCAAGCCACCCGUACGUCGAGAGUUUCAAAAAAUAAUAGAUCUUCUAAAGCAAUCAAUUGUUCCAAUAUGCAGUAUUGACAUACCUUCUGGAUGGGAUGUUGAAUCCGGUCCAUUGGCAGGGGAUAUUAGUCCUGCAAUGUUGAUAUCGUUGACAGCGCCCAAGUUGUGUGCCACCAAUUUCAAAGGAAAGUUCCACUAUUUGGGUGGAAGAUUUGUACCUAAAAAACUGGAACAGGAAUACAAACUAAAUCUCCCAAAUUAUCAUGGAACUGACUUGGUAGUCAGGCUGGAAUAAAUUUUUUUUGCACUGUACAAA